UUUUCUUCAGCAACUCUUCAUUGUUCUUCCAAUAUGAUCAUGAUAAGUGUUUAUUAUUAAUUUGGUUUAUAAUUUGCAAAAAUUUUCAUCGAAUGAAAACUUCACCUAUUGAGAGGUAGAUGGCGUUAUUUGGUUUCCACCCUAAGCACGUUGUUGCUCCAAGAUCUCUUUGUGGUUACCCUCCCCUAGAUUGUUCAGCUUUAAUUGUAAUUGCUUACAACGUGUUUGGUAGUUUUAAUUUAUUGUUAUAUUGUUUAAUUAAAUUUUUCGUUUAAUCGCAAGUUGACAAUAUGACAUCUAUUGGAACACUUGCCUUUGACGAAUAUGGCCGUCCUUUCUUUAUUCUUAAAGAGAAACAAAAACGUCUCAGUGGACUUGAGGCUUUAAAGGCACAUAUUGUUGCCUCAAGAACUAUCUCAACCAUCAUUCAAACCUCCCUUGGACCCAAAGGUUUGGAUAAGAUGAUGGUCUCUUCUGAUGGAGAUGUAACCAUAACUAAUGAUGGGGCAACUAUACUUAAGAUGAUGGAUGUUGAAAAUGAAAUCGCUAAAUUAAUGGUCCAACUGUCCCAGUCUCAAGACGACGAGAUUGGUGAUGGCACUACCGGUGUUGUAGUUCUUGCUGGAGCUCUCUUAGCUCAAGCUGAAUUACUACUCGAUAAAGGGCUUCACCCCAUCCGUAUUACUGAGGGUUUUGAGAUGGCUGCUAAAUACGCAAUAGAUCAUCUUGAUAAUAUCAGUGACAAAUUCCCGGUUAGUAGAGAUAAUUUGGAACCUCUUAUAAAAACAGCCCAAACUACUUUAGGGUCAAAAAUUGUUAACAAAUGUCUCCGUCAAUUUGCCGAAAUAGCAGUUGAUGCUGUAAUGUCUGUUGCUGAUUUGGAAAGAAAAGACGUAGACUUUGAAUUAAUUAAAAUGGAAGCAAAACAAGGAGGUAGAUUGGAAGAUACCGUUUUAGUUAAAGGUGUGAUAGUUGAUAAGCAAUUUAGCCACCCCCAGAUGCCCAAAGAACUUAAAGAUGUAAAAUUGGCUAUUCUCACAUGUCCUUUCGAACCUCCCAAGCCAAAGACCAAACAUAAGUUGGACGUUAAAUCUGUCGAAGAUUACCGAGCUUUAAGAAAGUAUGAGCAAGAAAAAUUUGAUGACAUGGUUCAACGAGUCAAAGACUCUGGUGCUAACCUAGUUAUUUGUCAAUGGGGUUUUGAUGAUGAAGCAAAUCAUUUACUUUUACAAAGAGAAUUACCUGCUGUUCGAUGGGUUGGUGGACCUGAAAUUGAGUUGAUUGCUAUUGCAACCAAUGGACGAAUUGUCCCUCGUUUCGAAGAACUUAGCCCUGAAAAGCUAGGAACUGCUGGUCUGGUCAGAGAAGUAAGCUUUGGUACUACCAAAGACAGAAUGCUGGUCAUUGAAAAGUGUCCUAAUACCCGAGCUGUCACCAUAUUUAUUCGUGGAGGUAAUAAAAUGAUUGUUGAAGAAGCUAAAAGGUCUCUUCACGAUGCCCUUUGUGUAGUGAGGAAUCUUGUUCGUGAUAACCGAGUAGUCUAUGGAGGAGGAGCAGCAGAAAUCUCUUGCUCAUUAGCUGUUGCUGAACAAGCUAAUAAGAUUGCCACAAUCGAACAGUAUGCUCUUCGUGCUUUUGCUGAUGCAUUGGACAGUAUUCCAUUAGCUUUAUCUGAGAAUAGCGGACUUUCUGCAAUUGAUGUGGUUACAGAUCUAAAAGCUCGUCAAAAGCUUGAGAAUAAUCCAUGGCUUGGUAUCGAUUGUCUUAACAAGGGAACCAAUGACAUGAAAGUUCAAAAUGUCAUUGAAACGCUAACCAGUAAAAAACAACAAAUCUCUUUAGCAACUCAACUGGUCAAGAUGAUUUUGAAAAUCGACGAUGUCCGUAAACCAGAGCAAAGUAUCUGAAGAGAUUGAAUAUGCAGACACAUUUCAACACGCUCGAAUCUUUUUCGCUUUCUUUUUUUUCUUAAAUGAAAUGGUCACUUUAUAUUUCCUUGAAAAACUCACCUAAUCUUAACCCUGCUUUGGAAUAAAACAUUAAUUCUUAAAAGUA